AUGCAAGACUCAAAUGAUCCAGCCAGGAGGUACGGGCUUGUUCAACGCCAAAUGCCAACUGGGUGCAGAUUUGCUCCCUCCGAUGAAGUACUGGUCAUUCAUUAUCUCUCCAAGAAAGGCAAGAACGAGCCACUGCCAUGUCCAUAUGCAGUACGGGAAUGUGAUCUUUAUGGCAGAGAACCUGAGGAGAUAUGGAAGGAAUUUGGCGGAGACAGAUUGAAGAGAAAAAUAGACCAAGACCUUGGUCUCUUUUUCUUUACAAGAUUGAAGAAGAAGAGUGGCACUGAUCAUGGAAGCUCAAGAAUUGAUAGGUCAGUUGGUAAUAAUAUUGGUACCUGGCAUGAAGAAUGUGCUCUUCGUAGCAUUACAUGUAGUGAGACAAAAAAGAACAUUGGGUCAAAGAAAAGAUUUGUUUACAAGAGUAACAAGAGCCAUAAUAGAGGUAGAGUAAGUUGGCAUAUGCUUGAGAUUAGUCUUCCUGAUAAUACUAGCGAUCAUGUAGUGUGUCAGUUGAAAAGGAAAGAGAGAAAUUCAAUAAAAUCUGGAAGAGGAGAUGCAGGAGUACUGGAGAAUGGUAAUGGUGAGGGUGCUCAAAAACGUCAGAGGACAGUUUCUUGGACAAAUCAAGAAGCAGGGCCUAGUUUCUUUAACAGCAACAAAACCCUAGAAUCUUAUGAUGAGGCAAAGAGAAAUUCUAGUGGAAGUGGCAAGGAAAUGUUAGCGAGUAAUUCAAUAGAAUCUGGAAGAGGAGAUGCAGGAGUGGAGAACGGCAAUGAUCAAGGUGCUCAAAAACGUCAGAGGACAGUUUCUUGGACAAAUCAAGAAGCAGGGCCUAGUUUCUUUAACAGCAAUAAAACCCCAGAAUCUUAUGAGGCAAAGAGAAAUUCUACUGUGUGUGGCAAGGAGAUGGGAGCCUCAAUUGAUGGUGGUCAUUCUUUUGAUCUGAAUAUAGAGUGGACUAAUCCGGAUGAAGAUGACACAUAUACAUCUCAUAAAGAGCGGCAGCCGCACUUCAGCUCCGGGAAGAAGAUGACCGAGAUAGCUUCUUCAAGUCUAGCAUCAUUAGAAACUGGUAAAAGCACUAAUCAUGUGAAGAACGCCAAAAAAACGCUGCGCUUUGACGUUAACAUUAUCACAUUUUUCCACCCCACAACCACCCCUUGA